AUGAGCGAGUGGCCUGAUUUGUGCACGUUGCGUUCCAUCGGCGUGCUGGGAGUGGAAAUCGUGGGCCUGGCAACUUUCUUCCUACAAUGUGUCGACCGCAAAGAAGACGCAUACGUCUAUGCUGGAUUAGCUGUGCGCCUUGCCAUUGUGCAGAACCUGUUCCAGAAAACUUCUUGCGAGCUGGACAAUGGUCUUGAGGUAGCACAUCGGACACGGCUUGCCUGGACGAUUUACAUGCAAGAGAAGCGGCUUGCUGCGGCCACGGGCAAUCCAUCCAGCAUCAACGAUGCGGCAAUCAUAAUAGAGCUACCAAAAGACGCAACUGGCCUUUGCUCGCCCAGUGCACUGAACCUCAAUAUCGAAUUGGCGCGUACUAGUGGGAGAAUCAUCAGUACUAUCUACGCUCCGGAUGGCCCUAGCGGCAGAGACUUCUGUCUCCAAAUCGAGAAGAUCUUGCAGGAAAUAUCGGGUAUCAUGAAGGGGGUACCCCCAGAACUCGAUGUUGACUUCGACCAACCGAUCUACGUCUCUCGAACAUCCGCAACUCUACAGCUGAUGUUGUUCCAAGCAAUCGUGUUGGCGACGAGACCGAUACUACUUCUUUGGGCGCGAGGAAUGAUGAGCCAAACGUCCUACGCCGGUUCGUGGCCUCGCAACUCGGCUCGCUGCUCAGUACAACAACUACUAGCAAAGUUUGGCUUCUUUGACUUGGACGCCACGUUCUCGGCGGCGUUUGUGCUAUUGCUGGCCGAGUUUGUUCGGCCUGAGACGAGCGAUCUGGACAAGAGCAGACGCUUGAGUAUUGCAGAGGCGCUUGGCAUUCUGCAAUACAUGGAGAGCCAAGGCAAUAAGACUGCUGGAAAACGUAGACAAGACAUUGAAGUCGCCUGCAGCCAGCUGGGAAUCUCACUGAACAGCAGUCGAAGUAUCGACAGCGACUUGACUCUAGAGCCGCCUUCCCUGCGCCGAACGGAAGACGAAUUACCUCUCUCUCAAACGAUCGAAGUUGCUUCUGUUAAUAAUCUCUCGCCACACGAGAACGAGUCGCAACACUACUCGGCCUUCACGUUUGAAGAUGACUUCAAUUUGACAGGGGCACUUGGCGGCGAUUGGGACGAGCUCGAGAGAAUCAUUGAAACGUCUCAGCAGUCCAAUGAAGAUGUGUAA